CUUGUGGCAGUAGGCUAUGCGGUUUCAAGUUGUUUUGGUUGCGCAGCUUUCGAUCACUGUGUCAGCCGAGCUCAUAGGGCUCAAAUAUUUAUACUCCACAUGCUUUCCCUACAGGUAUGAAGGUCAACGUGACAUCCUGUCCAACCAAACCUAUAAUCUUGACCAACUUGCUUUCGCAUCAGACAGAAUUAAAGAUGCUCAACACACUAUGACUGCAAUGAAAGCUGCCAAUACAGAGCUGAAAGGGAUGACGAAGACUGUCAGGAUUGAAGAUAUAGAUAGCAUGCAAGACGAGACGAUGGAUGUUAUGGAUGUGAGCAGUGAAAUACAAGAAACUCUUGGUAGAAACUACAAUGUCCCAGAUGACAUUGAUGAGGAGGGACUUAUUUGUAGUUGGCUAUUCUUAGAUGACUCAAACACCAGGUAUUAUCACCUUAAAGUUACUGAAUCAAAUAGUUGGUGUGAACAACACUGAGCUUAUCCUAGCUUGAUAUUACUAGCAAAAACAACUCAUGGGAACACAUCCAAACCACUUUAACGCCAUAUAUGUGCUAUAUGAUGGAUUUGAUCCUGAGCUUUCGGAGCAAUAACCGUUGUCUCAGUCUUAUCAUACCACAACACA